AUGAAGCGACGAAACAUCGACAGCGCAAAGUUAAGAAGAACUCUGAAGAAGAACAAAAUGUCGGAGAGUGCUUGUGGAAGCAGCUUCAUUUAUCUCAAACUGCUGCUUGUAUGGGCGUUGGUGAUUAUGGCUGACUUUAUUUUGGAGUUCAGAUUUGAAUAUUUAUGGCCAUUCUGGUUGCUGCUGCGCAGCAUUUACGAUUCUUGCAGAUACAAAGGAAUGGCGUUCUCGGUUUUUUUCAUGUGCGUUACAUUCACAUCCGACAUGAUCUGCUUCGUGUUCAUCCCGGUACAGUGGUUGUUCUUCAUAGCGAGCACCUACGUAUGGGUGCAGUACGUCUGGCAUGCAGGUAAAUCGGCAAUCGCCUGA